UCAGACGCAGCGGAAAAGGGAAGCGCACUGUUGACAGGUGGACGGAAAUAUAUUUAUAUAUUUAUAUGUGUUCGACCUGCGACGGUGGGAGAGAUGGAUUUGAACAAAACGGUGUUAUGUGAGAGCCUUAUUAUUUGGCUGCAGACCUUUAACACUGCAGCACCAUGCAAGACCGUGGAGGAUCUGACUACAGGUGCAGCUAUGGCACAAGCUCUGCAUCAGAUAGAUCCGUCCUGGUUCAAUGACAGCUGGUUGACGCGUAUUAAGGAAGAUGUUGGAGAAAACCUGAGACUCAAGUUGAACAACCUUAAAAAGAUCUUGCAGAUGAUUGUUGAUUACUAUAAUGAGGUCCUGAAUCAGCAGACGUCAGGCUUCCCCCUGCCUGAUGUGGUGCGCGUGGCCGAACUCUCUGACCCCCUGGAGCUCGGGCGCCUCCUGCAACUCAUCCUCGGCUGUGCUGUCAAAUGUGAUAGGAAACAAGAGUAUAUCCAGAUCAUAAUGACACUGGAGGAAUCUGUGCAGCAUGUAGUCAUGACAGCCAUUCAGGAGCUAAUGAGCAGAGAGUCCUUGGCCCAAUUAGGGACCGAGCCACAGGGGGAUGUAGAACAGCAGCUGAAGAAAGCUCUGGAGGACUUGACCGAGCUGAUGGCAGAGAAAGAUGAACUAGCUCAACGCUGCCAAGAGCUCGACAUCCAGGUAGCAAUUCUGCAGGAAGAGCGGAAUAGCCUCUUAGCGGAGAACGAUGUCCUGACGGAUCGAACCAGUCAAUUGGAUUCCUUUGACGAUCCCAGCACUCCAUCAGGGAAGAAACACAGUCAGCUCCAGCUGCAGCUAGAACAACUCCAAGAGGAGAACUUCAGACUGGAGGCGGCUAAAGACGACUACCGUAUUCACUGUGAGGAGCUGGAGAAGCAGCUGGUGGAGCUCCAGCACCGUAAUGAUGAGCUCACCAGCCUGGCCGAGGAGUCUCGCUCGCUGAAGGAUGAGCUCGACAUACUGAGGAGCUGCUCUGACCGGGCAGUGAAGCUUGAAGCCUCUGUGGAAACAUACAGGAAGAAGCUGGAGGAUCUUGGUGACCUGAGACGACAGGUGAAGGCUCUGGAAGAGAAGAACAUGACUUACAUGCACAACACUGUCAGUCUCGAGGAGGAGCUCCGCAAAGCCAACGCUGCACGCGCCCAGCUAGAAACUUACAAGAGACAGGUCCAGGAGCUUCACAGGAAGUUGUCUGAAGAGACUCGCAGAGCCGACAAUCUGGCCUUCGAGAUGAAGAAGUUUGAGGAAAAGCAUGAAGCCUUACUGAAGGAGAAAGAGAGGAUCAUCAUUGAGCGAGACUCUUUAAGAGAGACCAAUGAGGAGCUUCGUUGUACACAGGCUCAACAAGACCAGCUUCUGCAAGCUGAAAUGUUUAAAACUGGAAGUCCGACCCGGGACAACUUGGCAGCUGAGAUGUUGCCCAUCGAGUACAGAGAGAAGUUCAUUCGUUUGCAGCAUGAGAAUAAGAUGCUGCGAGUGCAGCAGGAGGACUCUGAGAACGAGCGUAUUGCUGAGCUCCAGAUGCAGCUGGAGGAGGCACGGCGUUCACACAGUGAGCUGGACACUGAGAACAGGUUGAACAGAGAGAGCAUCACUGAGCUGCAGCAGCAGGUUGAAGAUUUGCAGAAAGCCCUCCAGACCCAGGGAGCCAAACCUGAGGAUUCCCAUCUGAAGAGGAAGCUGGAUGCUCAUAUGGUGCAACUGAAUGAAGCGCAAGAUGAGAUCAUGAAGAAGAAGGAGCUACUGGAGGACCUACAGCCAGAUGUGUCUCAAACCUCAGCACUGAAGGUGGAUGAACUGAUGGCUGCUCUGAAGAAGAAGGACGAUGACAUGCGAGCGAUGGAGGACAGAUACAAAAUGUAUCUGGAGAAAGCACGCAAUGUGAUCCGAGCACUGGACCCAAAGUUGAACCCAGCCUCAGCUGAGAUCCAGUCCCUGAAGAACCAGCUAUCAGAGAAGGAGAAGAGAAUAAUCGCUCUAGAGAGAGAGUGUGAGCAGGCUAAGCUGAGAGAGUAUGAGGAGAAACUGAUUGUGACUGCAUGGUACAAUAAGAGCCUGAAUUUUCAUAAGUUGGCGAUUGAGUCUCGUCUGAGCGGGUGCUCGAACUCUCUGGUGCCACCUGGCCAGUCCUUCCUAGCCCAGCAGCGUCAGGUGACCAACGCACGACGCGCCUUGUCAGUCAACGUGUCUGCCAGCUCCUCCAAGUGAUGACUCGACCCCCCCACUACACCUGGUUUUCCCUUUUCUCAAGUGCACACUUAAGUGACCUUAAACACCUUGAACUCCUAAGUAAAGGGACAAGCAUGCCAUAAUGUGAACAUUAGCACUUACAAACUCCACAUAUAUACUCAAACAAUCAAGCAAGGAUUUAACACUUCACAAAAACAAUACUCACUCAAGCACAGUAAUUCAAUUUUAAAGACUAUUAUACACUUUAAUUUACCAUGCACACAACAGACUACAGCCUCUGCAAUUAGUUACGUAAGACAAGCUGCAACAGCUGUAUUUAUUACUGGCUUGAUAUCUAUAUUAUUAUUUCAACAGUGACAUUUGUGAAAGACAAAUUCAGAGAAAGAUGUAUCAUGAUAUUGUCCUUAGUAUGCGUUUAGGAUGCAUGACGAAGGCUAAACUGGACUUCCAGUAGUAUUCUAUGCAGUCAGGUAAUGUGUACUAUUAUAAAUAUGAAUACUACUAUUGCCCUGAAUGUAUAUAAAGAGACGUGUGUUUAUUGAUAUUUCAUUUAACCUCUCAGCUUCCAUGCAUGUUCACAAAAUCAGCUACAUUGAAUGAUAUGGAUAAAGCAUCAGGAAAAACGCAUAUAUGGUGCUGGACACCAAAUGCUCUUUUUUUUUCUACUACAAAAUGACUACUUUUCUUAUAAUUGAAUACAAAAAGUAAACAAUUACCAAUCACAAAAGUUUAAAUGUAGGUGCUACAGACAGUCUUUAAUCAACUAGAACAAGCUGUCUGUAUAAUUUAACGUCAAUAAUAAUUUAUUUAAUACAGAAAUUGACUGUGAUUGGACUCGUGCAUGCUCUUAUGAACAGCAGCAGAACCUUGUUGUCUCUUGUAUAUUUUAUCUGGCUUUAAUGUGUAAAAGCAUCAGAUAUCAGGAUUAAAUCACCAGCUCAUGGUCAUGGCAUCCCAGCCCAAUCGUCCUAUUAUAGGGUGAAAUGCUGUGACCUUUUUUCUGAUUGCUUUCUUUUUCACCAACUGGCAUUUAUUUAUGGAAACCAUUCGUGACCAAUAAAUGAUCUGUUGCUGCAGUAUAGAUUUAGAAAGACUGUCAGAGGGUCAGAAUAAUUUGGGAUUGUAUCAUACAAAGGUGAUUAGUUUUUGUUGGAAACUAUUUAGCCAGUGUUCCCCAACCCAGAUGGUUCACACUUUUGCUCCCAGCAAUCAAGAACACCUGGUUAAGCGCAAAAAGGUUACCUGAGGCUGUCGCUCAACACUGGAUUGGUAAACACUACUUUUGGCUCAGUUUACACUCUUACUGGUUAGUCAAGUUUCUUAAAUAGAGUCAUAAUCUCUAAUUUACUUUCUAUUUUAAUUAUUAUUGUAAUGAAUAUAGGAUUUUUAUCCUUUACUGGGAAAUAUGAUGAAAUUGUUUUGAAUGAUAAAUACAGAUACUUAUGUAAAAUGCUAAAAGAGAUAGGCUUUUAAAGUUGUGUAUGUCAUUACUGAGUGUUAUAUGUUUUUGUCAAUCACAAAGCUUAAUAAAGAUAAAAAUGAAUAUAAAUAA